AGAAUACCUAAUAUUUAUGUUUUAGCAUUUAAUUAUUAUGACAUUAAAAAAGAAACUACUGCUUACAUAAUAUGAAUUAAGCCUAUAAGUUAAAAAAAUAAACACUUCGACAAGAGCUCUCCUAUCGGGGCAAUAAAAAUGUAGUUAAUUGUCUACUUAAUAACUACUGUUCAAUAGAACUAAUAUAAAACAUGUAUUUGAAAAAAAUGUAAAUAAUCAAUAAACAAAUGGAAUAACAAAAUGUUUUCAAAGUCCAAAUAUAAAGUAACUCCUCAUGAAUAUAUAAAACGUAACUGGCUUCUGGUUGCUCUUUUAACUUGUAUAUUUUUAGCUGGUAUCUAUCCCAAAUUUGGAUCUAAAGAAGGACCGCUACACACACAGUAUUCUGUUAAAUAUGGGGCUAUAUGCAUGAUUUUCUUCAUAAGUGGUUUAACUUUGAAAACAGCUAGUGUUUUUCAUACAUUCCAACAAUAUAAAUUACACAUAUUCAUUCAGACUUUCGCUUUUAUCUUAAUACCUGUAGUAACCCAGGUAUUUGUGAAAUUUCUCAAUUUGUUUGCAGUGAAUACAUGGAUAUUGAGGGGGUUGAUUAUUGUCUCAUGUAUGCCACCUCCUGUAUCCAGUGCUGUGAUUUUAACCAGGACAGCCAAAGGCAAUGAAACUGCUUCAAUUUUCAAUUCUGUUCUUGGUAGUUUUCUAGGAAACGAAUCUUGUGAUCUAGAUUCAACUGUGUGUUCACUUGCCUAUGGUUACUAUUUAUCAGAAAAAUUGAAUGUGAAGAAAAUUAAGGAUGUUGCUGUUUUUCCUAUAAUCAAUGUUCCUUCUGAUGAAUUUCCUUCACGGACUGAACACUGCUCUUUAUUGAAGGAUAUUAAUGUAGAUCUCAAAAAACUAAUAUACAGAUCAGAAAUCAAUGUUAAUGAAAUUAUUUCUGAAAAAAAAAAUUAUGUGAAAACUUGCUUGGUAGACCAUCACGUUUUAAACAAAAACGAUGAAUUGCUCAAAGAUACAGUUAAUGAAAUUUUUGAUCAUCGGCCUUUGGAUCAAAGCACACAUUGGUCUUCCCAGGUUAAAAUGAGGAUUGAAUUAGUUGGAUCAUGUGCUACAUUGAUUGCAGAUGAACUGCUUAGAGAAGAAGGAAUCCUUUUUAAGGAAUUGGCCUAUCUUCUAUAUUGUACGAUAGUUUUUGACACCUUGGCAGUUCUUCCAGAGAAUAAAAAAGCUACUGCUUUAGAUAUUGCAACAGUGAAAACUCUUGAGGACAAGUUCAGUUUUAUGGAGUCUAAAGUAACCCUAUUCCAAAAAAUUGUGGACCUUCAUGCUGACAUUUCUAAACUAACCCUUGACCAGCUUCUCAUAAGAGAUUUGAAAUUUGUAAAUAAUAUACCAAUAGCAGGACUUCCAAUGUUAGUAGAAACAUUUUCCAAGUUACCAGGGGCUGACUUGAGUUUAAAACAAAUGGGCAUUAAAAAAAAAACUUCUUUUAUAGUACUAGUUGGGAUUGAAGCAAAACCUGAUGUGAAAAGAGAUAUUGGAAUUUUCCUAGUUAAAGAUGAUGCAAAACUCAUGAAACUUAUUGUAGAUAAUUUCAAAAGCCAUGAAGAUUUCAAAUUUGUAGAGAUAUCCAGUGAAAUGUCUAAUCUAACUAUUUUAAAACAUAAUAAUAUUGAGAAAUCAAGAAAACAGAUAAUGCCUAUUGUCAAGGAUUUUUUGGAUACAACACUGAGUCAAUGAGAAUGAAUAUUUAGUUGCACAUUUCUUUUCUUGUGAAUCUCAAAUCAAUUAAAAUUUCAAUGCAAAGAAUCUAUUUAUAUAAAAAAUGAGGAAAACACUGACACGAAGAAAUUUCACAUGUAGAUUAUUGCUUUAAUAUAGGGUAAAUGUACUGGUUAGCCGACCGGCACUGGUUCUCGACCAUUCCGUGAUUUGAGAUAAAAUAAUAAUAAAAAUAUAUCAUGUAGUGCAAAAUAUUUUCGCGGUACGUGUUCUCGACCAUUCCACCCUUCCAAGA